AUGCAACCACACAAACGCGCCACAAUUAUCUUUAUCUUUAUCUUCAAUUUUUUUUUUAUUAUCAAUAAAAGUUAUGCCAGUAUUAUUUUACCUGAACGACGUAUACCUGUAAGUAAGGUAAAUUCUGACUCAGUGAUAAAUAAUCCAUUGACUAAUUAUAUAUUCAAAGGAGCUAGUAAAAUAGUUCCUCCGUCUAUAGUCAUUUCAGAUUGUAUAUUUGUAACAUCAGAUAGCGGUAAAUUUACAUACGAGUCAACAAACAACGACCCGACAGUCUGUGGUGUUUAUUUAAUAACGGAUCCAGAUAAAAAAGUUGAAUUGAACUUUUUAUCUUUUGAUGUACCUUGUGAACAAGAUGGCCUCGUAUCGUUUGUCGAUGGUUGGGAACUCAAUGGUGAAUUUUUCCCUCCACCAAACGACCACGAACUACCAUUUGAAAACCGUAUCACUGAAUUCUGCGGCAAGCAUGUAAGCCAUACAUUUAUAAGCUCACAGAAUAGUGCGCUUAUACAAUAUCGCAUACCAUUCAAAGGCAAAGGCUUCACAUUGUUUGUACGCUACCGUAAAAACCCGUAUCCCUGUAAUAUACUGGUUAACAGUACUAUGGAUACAUUUACGCUUCGCAAUUAUGGGGAACGUAAAAAUUGUACUCUUGCAACUGUUUAUCCAUCAGCGGUACAAAUUAUUAAUUUGAAUGUUGGUAUUAAAAGACUUGAAGGUUUGCCUUAUUUACGACAAAUCGAUACUGGAAUUAUUCAUCAUUGCGAUAAGCGAAGACUACUAGACCAAGUACUAAUUGGUGGUAGCGACGGAUUAGAUACAUCUAAAUUCGAACUACUUGACUCCGUAUGUGGUUUGAAUUCAAAACCAGAUCGUAAUUAUAAGCUAAUUGGAUGUGGAGUGACCGCAAUUCGAUUAAUAUCGAGUGGACUUUUCGACAACUCAGUUAGCGUCUUCGUUCGACCGGCCGUCGAAGAAGAAAUUCUCAAUUCAAAUUUAAUUUGCGGUCUUCCAGUACUCGAUGGCGCUUAGAAAAAUAUUAAAAACAACGUCAACUGACAUAAAUAAACAGAAAUUUAAUAUACUUAUAUAUAUGUUAUAUAUAUAUAUAUUAAAUUCUGAUUAUUGAUAAAAAAAUUUCUAUUUAUUUAUUUAACUGAAAAACUAAAAAUAUA